GGGCCCAAAGUAUUUGAUGCAGUCCAAUUAGAAAAUCACAUGCCCAAAAUUUCUGCCGCUUGGAUUCAUACCGUUUCUCUUCUGGUACCAAUUCAUCCGAUCUACAUUGCUCUCUCCGUCGUUUCCAGCUGCUCCUCUUCCCCUCAGUUGGACGCAGCCUGCACCACGCCGUUCGUCUAAUAUCCCGACCGAGGUAUAUACAAACAAGCUUGCCUAAAGAUGUCUUCAGCUAAAGAUCCUUUUUACAUUGUGAAGGAGGAGAUCCAGGAAUCUAUUGAGAAGCUGUUAUUAACAUUCCGCGAAUGGGAGCACACUCUCUCAAGCAAUGGGAAUCACAUUCGCCUUAGAGAAGAGCUUUAUGCAACGUGUGAGAGCAUUGAAUGGCAGGUAGAUGAGCUGGAGAAAGCUAUUGAUGUUGCAGCAAGAGAUCCUUCUUGGUAUGGAAUUGAUGAAGCCGAGCUUGAAAAACGACGAAAGUGGACCAGUGACGCCCAUGCUCAGGUAGGCAAUGUGAAGAACACGGUAGCUGCUGCUGGAAUUCGAAGAGAACUAAUGAGGAUGCCAGAGUCUACUCAGACUAGCAGAACCGACCAGUACACCAAUCAUUAUAAUGAUGAUUUUAUAUCAUCAGAAUCUGACACACAAUUACUUCUCAUAAAGCAACAAGAUGAAGAGCUGGAUGAGCUUAGUGCUAGCAUAGAAAGAAUAGGAGGUGUCGGGCUCACUAUUCACGAUGAACUUCUUGGACAGGAAAAGAUUAUUGAUGAUUUGGGUUCAGAGUUGGAUAGCACAUCCACCCGUCUUGAUUUUAUUCAGAAAAAGGUUGCUGUAGUAAUGAAGAAGGCAGGUGCGAAGGGUCAGAUUAUGAUGAUCUGUUUUCUUUUAGUUUUGUUUAUCAUUUUAUUUUCGCUGGUUUUCUUGACAUAGUCAAAACUGCUAGAUUAUGAUGAACUCUUACUGCUUGAAUGUAUAUUUUGUAAUGUAAAUUUACCCUAUUGCAAGUUGGGGAAAAAAACAUAAAAGCAUGGUACCGGACCGUAACGGUACAUGAAUGAUUUACAUGUUGUCAAAUGGGUUAAUAUAUAUUCACACCAGAUCAAUACCAAACCAAUCUAAAUGGUUAAAGUGAUUAUCUUGUA